CAGGUUAAAAACAUGAAGGAUGAUAUGAUGGACAGGUUCGCUAGUAUCCGUAUCCCGGGCAGUAAGAAAGAGCGUCCUCACCUCCCUCACGUCAAACACUCCUCCUCGUCUGAAUGGUCUUCCUCCUCCGCUGAGUUUGAGGACCUGUCCUCCAAGAUCACCUCAGAACAGGAGAUACUGGGCCUCUUCGAGAAGAUGAUGGAGGAUAUGAACCUGAAUGAUGACAAGAAGGCUCCUCUGAGAGAGAAAGAUCUGACCACCAAGAGAGAGAUGGUUAUCCAGUACAUUGUUACUGCCUCCAAAACAGUAGGUGGAGAGUUAUGGUUCACACUGUGGUAG